UGUCUUUUUUUUUCUCUGCUGCGGCGGAAAUGACAGUGUGGUGUUGCCUCUGUGUCAUGGUGCUACCCUUGGGCUGCGGGGGCGAAAACUCUUAAGUUUGGCUCCAGAGACCCAGGCGCAGGAUCGUCUCGGCUGACUUGAGGUCCCUGGCGGGGCGCACAGGCGGGAGGAUCCCGGAUGCUGCGCGGCGGCAGCGGCUAAGACGAAGGCGGGCGGCGGCCUAGAGGGGCGGCGGUAGCUGCGGCAGCGGCGGGGGAGCUCACGCAGGAGCCCGAGCCAGGUCCAGGUGGAAGCAGGCGAGCGUUCUGCGCCCUGGGGCGCGCUCAGGAGAUGGCUGGCACCCGGGAACGCUCUGGAUGAAAGCCCAGCUUCUGUGGUUGUUAAUGCUUCAGCAGGAUUAUUUUCACUAAAGAUGGAAACAUUGGAGUCUGAAUUGACCUGUCCAAUCUGUCUAGAGUUGUUUGAAGACCCCCUUCUGCUCCCUUGUGCUCAUAGCCUCUGCUUCAGCUGUGCCCAUCGUAUCUUGGUCUCCAGCUGCAGCUCUGGUGAACCCAUUGAACCCUUUACUGCUUUCCAGUGUCCUACGUGCAGGUAUGUUAUCUCACUGAACCACCGGGGUCUAGACGGCCUCAAGAGGAAUGUAACUCUGCAGAACAUUAUUGACCGCUUCCAGAAGGCUUCAGUCAGUGGGCCCAAUUCCCCAAGUGAGAGCCGCCGGGAGAGAACUUACAGGCCCAGCACCACCAUGUCUAGUGAGCGAAUUACUUGCCAAUUCUGUGAACAGGACCCACCAAGGGAUGCAGUGAAAACGUGCAUCACCUGUGAGGUCUCCUACUGUGACCGUUGCCUGCGGGCCACACACCCCAAUAAGAAACCUUUCACCAGCCACCGCCUGGUGGAACCAGUGCCAGAUGCACAUCUUCGAGGGAUCACCUGCCUGGACCAUGAGAAUGAGAAAGUGAACAUGUAUUGCGUAUCUGAUGACCAAUUGAUCUGUGCCUUAUGCAAACUGGUGGGGCGUCACCGAGACCAUCAGGUUGCAUCACUGAAUGAUCGAUUUGAGACACUCAAGCAAACUCUGGAGAUGAACCUCACCAACUUGGUUAAGCGAAACAGUGAACUAGAAAAUCAAAUGGCCAAGCUAAUACAGAUCUGCCAGCAGGUUGAGGUGAAUACUGCUAUGCAUGAGGCAAAACUUAUGGAAGAAUGUGACGAGUUGGUAGAGAUCAUCCAGCAGAGGAAGCAAAUGAUUGCUGUCAAAAUCAAAGAGACAAAGGUUAUGAAACUGAGAAAGUUGGCACAGCAGGUUGCUAAUUGCCGCCAGUGUCUUGAACGAUCAACAGUCCUUAUCAACCAAGCUGAGCAUAUCUUGAAAGAAAAUGACCAAGCACGGUUUCUCCAGUCUGCAAAAAAUAUUGCUGAGAGGGUCACUAUGGCAACUGCAUCUUCUCAAGUUCUGAUUCCAGACAUCAAUUUUAAUGAUGCCUUUGAAAACUUUGCUUUAGACUUUUCCAGAGAAAAGAAAUUGCUGGAGGGGCUAGAUUAUUUAACAGCCCCAAACCCACCAUCUAUCCGAGAGGAACUCUGUACUGCCUCCCAUGACACCAUUACAGUCCACUGGAUAUCAGAUGAUGAAUUCAGCAUCAGCUCCUAUGAGCUUCAGUACACCAUAUUCACUGGCCAGGCUAACUUCAUCAGUAAGUCAUGGUGUAGUUGGGGCCUGUGGCCAGAGAUAAGGAAAUGUAAGGAAGCAGUAAGCUGCUCAAGAUUGGCCGGGGCGCCACGAGGCCUGUAUAAUUCGGUGGAUAGCUGGAUGAUUGUGCCCAACAUUAAGCAGAACCAUUACACAGUGCAUGGACUCCAGAGUGGGACACGCUACAUCUUCAUUGUUAAAGCCAUAAAUCAAGCAGGCAGCCGGAACAGUGAACCUACCCGACUAAAAACAAACAGCCAACCCUUUAAACUGGAUCCCAAAAUGACUCACAAGAAGUUGAAAAUCUCAAAUGAUGGAUUGCAGAUGGAGAAAGAUGAAAGCUCUCUGAAGAAAAGCCAUACCCCAGAGAGAUUUAGUGGCACGGGGUGCUAUGGGGCAGCAGGAAAUAUAUUCAUUGACAGUGGUUGCCACUACUGGGAGGUGGUCAUGGGUUCCUCAACAUGGUAUGCAAUUGGCAUUGCUUACAAAUCAGCUCCCAAGAAUGAAUGGAUUGGCAAGAAUGCCUCUUCAUGGGUUUUUUCUAGAUGCAAUAGUAACUUCAUAGUGAGACAUAACAACAAGGAAAUGCUGGUGGAUGUUCCCCCACAGUUGAAGCGUCUGGGUGUCCUUCUGGAUUAUGACAACAACAUGCUGUCUUUCUAUGACCCAGCUAACUCUCUUCAUCUUCAUACUUUUGAUGUGACCUUUAUUCUUCCAGUUUGUCCAACAUUCACAAUCUGGAACAAAUCCUUAAUGAUCCUGUCUGGUUUGCCUGCCCCAGAUUUUAUUGAUUAUGCUGAGCGGCAAGAAUGCAACUGUAGGCCACAAGAAUCUCCUUAUGUUUCUGGGAUGAAAGCUUGCCAUUAAGUUUCAAGUGAGCAUAGAAUUCACUGGCUCUCCAGUUCAACAGUUCUUCCCCUCCUAAACUUCAGUUAGUGUCUAAUACACAAGAUACAAAAUAAAGUUCAUUUGAAGCAUCCAAAAUAACUAGAUAUUAGAGAUGUAAUUUUUGUAUGUUAAAGCUUACAAUUCUAUUAAUGUUUUGAGUUUCUCAGAAUAAAUUAUCUGAGUAGUCUGGGUUAAAGCCAUUGGAGGAAAAUGUAGACAAUGCCUCUUUUGUCAUUGGAGAAUUAAAAAUUUCCAGUAACUUAGAAGUAUAAAUUAUAUUGAAAGGAAUUAAGAUAAUUCUAGGUAAAAAUGUAGAAUGAUGUUCUGAACAAGGAGCUAGCUAGCCAGAAAGGAGGGUAUCAACUUUUUUCCUGGCCAAUUUGGCCCACUAGAAUUUUGAACUAUUAAAUGAUUGCAUAUAAUAAUAAUUGCUUAUAAUAAAAACUAUAGUCAAAAAUUUAUUAUAAAGAAAAUAUGUAUAUAAAAUAUAUAAAAUGAAUAGAUAUAUUCAUUUUAUAAUUAUAUAUACAUAAUAAACUUUAUAAUUUGUUCAUUUGGGUGAGAAAUAUACUGAUAGGGAAAAAAUUAUACCAUUUAUUUUUGUCCCCUAUAAGGAACAUCAAAAUCAGUCGACAUUACUCACCUCCCUACAUUCAUCCCCUUUUAUCCCCUUCUGUCACACACACAUACACAUGCAAUAAUGACAUAGAUGGUAGGAAGAGCUCUAGGUUGAAUUAGGAGAGACUGAGGGACAAUACUGCAUAGGAGAUACUAUUGCUGGAUAGAGAAUUGAUUCAGGUAGAAGUGUUAUAUGUAACAGUUUCAUUGAUACUACCUAAUAAAGGAGGUUCCUCUGAAUUGUUAAAAAUUCUGAGACAGAAUAUUUCAAAACAGAGUUUUUCUAUUCUCAAGUAUAUAGUUACUAAAAUUAUGCUAAAAUGGAUGUUCUUUAAGCAUCUGCUUUAUUUACGUAAUCAGAAUGGAGUGUUAUAAAUACAACUAUUUGCACAUAAAUGUACUUGAAUUUCUUUAAGAAUGCCUGAGAACAGUUUGUCUUCUUUUUAAAAUAUUUUUUAAUUAUUAUUUUUUAAAUUGUUGUUCAAGUAGUUUUCUGCCUUUUACCCCCAUCCCAGCCCACCCCCACAAGUUUGUCUUCUUAAACAGGUUGAAUAGUUAUUCCUUUUACAAUUUUGUUUAUACUCUUUAUCUGCUUAGCCAACCCUUCACUGCAAAUACAGUUAUAAACUUUAUCCCAGUCCUCAUUGCUAUCAUUGAAGGGAAUAAAGGUUUAUGGUCUGUACUUUUCUCAAUUCCACUGCAGGGAUUAGGGAUAUCAGAACCAGAGCUUUUUCCUUUUUAGGAGUUGAGUCUGCUUCAAGGAGUCUACUUUUGGAGAUUUGUGAAAACAUUACUAUUGUACAAGGUGGUAGCUCUAACGAGCCCCCCAGAAUGGAGCAUUGAAACAAAGCCAAAACUCUUGUCUUUCUUUCCAUUACCUUGGUGGAUGUUGAUUCAUCAAUUCAUUCAACAAACUACUAGAUGCCAGGUACCACACUGCUGCUGAAAUACUGAUAAAACCCAGUUUCUGCUGUCAAAUGACCUACUAUUUUGUAGGAGAGACAAAGUAUCUAUAUAACUCCUCUAAAUAACACUUUUGUAUUGUUUGUUCAUGGAAAGGAAGCUGGAGACAGAUACAAAUAGCAGGCUCAGACUUACAUAUCUAGUGACAAAGUGAGCUUUUUUGUUUAAAAAUAUAUAUAUACUUACUGCUAAAUCAGAAAAUGAGCAACCUCAGUAAGAUUCUGCAGUGCUGGGAAAUAGCUUUCUGUAAUGGAGAACUCAUUGCCUUUGGACAAAAACAAAUGUAGUUUCUCUGCCAUUUACUAGCAGUAUGACCUAGGGCAAGUUCUUCAUUUCUCUGAAACUCUUUCCUCUUUUAUAAAAUACCUACCUAACAAGGCUGUUGAAAAGAUUUUAAAAGAUAGCACGUGUAAACUGAUGAGCACAGCACCUGGUAUUUAGUUAAGUGUAUAAUGAAUAUUAAGCUCCUCCCCCUACCUCUCCCUGCCCCUGCCCCAGUAGAGUGUAGGGGUGCUUUAAAAUGUAUGCCUUUUGUUUCCAAGUUACUCUGGUCUCUCCUUUGUUGCCUAUCCUCAAAUUCUUAAACAAAACAAAUUAUUUUUCCCCCUUCAUAAAACCUUUCACUGCCCCCUACACCCCAUAGCAUUCAGUAGAAGGUCCCAAUUACUUAGGAUUUGGCUUUUCAGGUCUCUAUGUGUUUUCCCAGCUUCAUCUUUGAUGUCACUUUCCCCCUCAUACUGGCUAUCCUAGCCAAGCUCAACUAUUUACACAAGUUGUUCUCUGGGCAUCGAACAGAGACAUAAUGAUUUUGACACCUAGAAGAAAUAAACAGUUGUGAUUUUUCUCAAGGGAAUAGAAUAAAUAUGAUAAAAGUGCAAAAAAUGUUCCACUUCCACCUCAGUCCAAUUUCCUUUACCCUGUCCUUGGGUCUCCCAUGUCAUUCUCUUUUUGUGUGUGCCCUUCGGAUUUUAGUGCCUUGAGACAAAGUUUCAACUUCCCUAUCCUACUUUUGAGUCUAGCCUGUACCACCUUUCCCCAUCCUCACCCUUCUUAAUCAAAUUAAUUUCUGAUCCUCUAGACUGGGUCAUGUUCUUCUCUUCGGAGUUCCUAUGGCACACUGAGCAUCCCUACCCUGCAUGCCUCAGUGAUAGUCAUAUUGGAUAGCAGUGUUUUUCAGAGUGUGGUCCUCAGACCACCUGUUAAAAUCACUUUUGCUGUUUGUUAAAAUAAUUGAUUCCGAGACCCUACCCAUGAUCUAUGUAGAACAUCUAGACACAUGGGUGAAAUUUUACAUUUUAAACAAAUUUUACAUUUUAAUAAGCUCUUCAGGUAAUUCUGAUGCACACAAAUGUUUGAUAUAUAAUAAUCAUCUUCCCUACUAGAUUAUGAAUACCUUGAGUGCAGGGACUGUGUGUUUGUUUUUGUUGUUGUGUUUUUAACACCUGACAUAGUGUGUGGAACAGAGCAGUUGCCUGGAUAAUGUUUAUUAAAUAAAUGUAUGAAUGAAUGAGUGAGUGAAUAAUCAAGGUUACUAGUGUUUAUUGUUUCCUGGGCAGAAGAGCUUGGUUAUAUCUCCAUUUGGGCUAUACUGAUAUUAUUUUGCAGAUUUCCCAGGAUUCAUAUACAUAAAUGAGCAUUGUCCUCCUCAAAAGCUCUUUGGAAGUUGACUGGGGGAAUUGUCUGGAGCAUGUAGCACCAUUCUUUUCAUUCACUUUUCCAACUUUGUUCUUUGAAGGUAGAUUUAAGUUUUGGUUAUAGUCAAAAAUCACUCAGAGCUAAGCCUACUGAAUAAAUUAUGAAAUGGAACUGGGUUUGAGGUAAGCAAUGAAGUUCCUAAGUCAAAUAAUGAAAUGAAAAUUACUUUCCAAGAAACAACAUGGUAACAAAGUACUCAGUGGGAGUGUGGUGUGCCCCAGAUACUUACUUCAGUAAACUUAAGACUUUCAUAGGAUAUUGGCAAUGCCAGGAACCUUAAGAGAAAUCAUUGAGUACCUUCAACUGAACCCAGUUGAAGAAAGGAAAUAGGACCUUGUAUUUAAAUUAACACCUUCAAGGAAGGUAACUCCAUAAGUUUUUGUUGUUGUUGCUCUACUCAAUCUAUUCUACCACAAUCCUUUCUGCUAGCAAAUUGUUCUGUCUACAAUUUAUGCUUAUUUCCACUUUUAUACUGUCUUAUUGAAGAAAGCACAAAAUAAUAAAAAAUAAAGUCAAACCUGUUUUGAGUAUAUGAAAGAAAUUUUAGUGCUGCAUUGGAGUUCUGGCUACUUGUAAGUAAGAGUAACUUUAUUUGUAUGUGUUUUUACCAUGCAAUUCCAUUGUGUAACUUUGGAUGCAGUGACAUUCAGAUUGCAGAAAAAUCAUUCACAUACUCUUUUCAGCUAAAAUACACUAAGUAAAUUUUCUAAUGUUUCGUGGUUUACAUAUUUAUAUAUAACUAUCUAGAUGAAGCAAUGCAUGGAUGGCGUUUUUGCAAAGUUCCAAUAUUUGAUACCAUUUCCUCUACAGAAUGGAGGAUGUGAGCCUGAUAGGUAAGAACUACUCCCACAAUUAUUUUAAUUUCUCAAGCCAGUUGUAGCCUUGGAGCCAUCAGGCUGUAUUUGGCUGUGCAUUACAGGUUGGUCAGGUUGAAUAUCAUCAGGUCAGGGAAAACUGCUUUUUGUAGUCUGAUUUGCCAGCUUCAGACCAGUGUUGUAUUGUUGUUGGCUAGAAUAUUUAUUAGAUGAUUAUUGACUAUUUUUCAUCAAAUAUUUUACCCAAGAUUUUGUUUGUUACUGAGAGCUCUGGCCCAAUAAUGCCUCUCUUAGUGACAGAAAUCUGACCAUCUGUGGAUUACACAGCCUCAUCCCUCUAAAACAUCCCAGCUUAUCCAAAAUGCUAUAUUAUGAGUUAAAUAAAUAUAUAUGUAUUCAAGAGUUAUUCAUUGUCUCUCACUGGAGUUUAAGUUGUGGAGGGUGGAGAUUAAAAGAAAUAAAGCCAUGAGUUGCUGGAAUUGUCUAAAUGAUUUGGGGGAAAUAGAUGGAGAUUUAGGCCAAGAGGAUCCAGGGCAUUGGAAAUUGAGAUCCAGUCACGAAGGCUUUGGUUUUAGGAGCAGUAUACAUUCAGGAAGACUAAAGAAAUAAAUGUAUAAGGCCCAAGAAAACAUGGCACAAUUUCAGGGACUGGGGCAGAAGGUGGGAUUUAAGGAAAAACAAAAAUCCCAGUGCUGGAGCCUGUUGGUUAAGGUCAGGUUAGGGUCAGAAGUGAGCUGAUUUGCUGUUCAAAUGCUGGUCUAGGAUGAGCCUGGGAGGUUCAGAAUAUUCCUCCAAGCUGGGUUUGAGCAUACUUGAAUCAGUAGUGGUUGCACUGAAACUAAAGGGGGCAUAUAAUAUGAAGCAAAGCCAGCUAGUCAAGAGUAGCAGCUAGAGCAAUAACUUGUAACAGGUUGUCAGACCAAGGGCCUAUGGGAACUAUAGCCCAAAGGCAAGAAGAUUAAAAUACAAAAGAGUCAAGAAUUUGGAAUGUUGGGGCUAGUGGUCUAAUUGGAGAGCAACCUGGGCAAAAACCAAAUCUGGGCUUAUUACCCACAGCUAAUAUUUUAUAUAAUUUUUGGAAGUGUGAUUUUUUUUUAGAAAGAUGGGCUCUAUUUAAUGUGCCAGGCCAGAACAGACACUGGGUCUUUUAUGUUCCCCUACCUAGGAAUAAGGGAGGUCCUAAAGUCUAAGAGAAGCUGAGUCUUUAGCUAGGGGACAGGGUCUGUUACAAAGGUUAGGAGUAAAAGAGGCCAAGCAGGUUGUUACAUAGAUAUUACAAAUGUAUAUAGCGUAAUAAAAUAAGAAUUCCUCACCUCCACUGAAUUUCUAGGGGUAGAGGAUCUAGUGGUCUUCCUAUAACUAUUGGGCAUAAUAUACAAAUUAUAAUUGUGACUAGUCUGGCCUGGUCAUUCAAGAGGCAUUUAUUCAUCACUCUUUACAUUCCAAGUGCUCUUCUCAUUUCUGUCAGGGAAUAUUAAGAUAAAAGCAUUCCUAACAUUUAUAAUCUAUUGGGAUACCCAAUAUAAUAAUUCUUUCCAAGUACUGUAUUUUGGCAUGUGUAAUUUACUUCCAUGUUUAAUGCACACCCACAUUUUUGGCCCAAACUUUCAGGAAAAAAUCUUUCAUUUUAAUUUUUUAAUUCAAUUUUUUGUUUAUUUAUA